UGGUAUCAUGUGUUGAUGGUAGCUGCUGACCCAGCCUAAUAAAUGGAAGACUAAGCUUUAUGUGGCUAGUAUGUGUAGCUAUGUGUAGCAUCAUUAUUAUUUUUCUCCCACCCAAAUUAGCUGUUUUCUUUCCAUACACCCACGUGAGUUGAUACGCCCGUUUAUGUGAGUCAUGGGUUACUGCAUAUGUAGUGUGUCAAAGUGGGCGUUGUGAAAUAAGUGGGAGGAUCAACAUAAGUGGGUGUAUGGAAACCUAACAGGUAACUGGGCUGCUUGCUGUUUCUUUGUAGCAUUUUUGAUAAACCUUGACCUCAUUCUCCUAGCCUUCCACGUUAAUUAUCCUAGCCGGCUACAUUAAUUAUCCUAACCUGCCAUGUUAGUUAUCCUAACCUGCCACGCCAAUUCUCCUAACCUGCCACAUUACUUAUCCCGACCCGCCACGCUGCUUUUGAUAAACCACUACAGCCAACAUUGACCAUUAGAGGAGUGCUUUUCUUUUCAGCUGAAAUUACCUACCUCAAGGCUAGUCUCAAGGUACUAGCUAGCUAAGCCAGUUGGUCUCGCGAUCAAGUCAACGGUUGUCACUAGUUAGCACAGCCACAAAAUCGUAAAAGACCAUGAAAACAAACAUUUGCUUUUUGGUUUUAAUUUAAGAUUAGGGUUAAGUUAAAUUGUAGAAAUAGGCGGGUUUUAGCCAUAAUUAUAAUUAUGACUUUGCGACUGUGGUAACUAGUGACAACCCAAGUGGUCAACGGUCGGGUUGACCAUCAUCGCAUUAAGUAUCGAGAGGAGCGCUCAGCAGGCCGCAGAGAUGGACAGCACACAGGACGGACCUGAUAUUGUCACCAAAUCCAUCAUGAUUCUGGGCACUGCUACCAGAGACAGAAGGUUUCUGCGCUGGGUAGGCCAAGUGCUGAAGCUGAAAUGGCUGAAGAACAAGAGCCAAGAAGAGGUCAAGGUGAUGAUCGGGGAGCUGCUGCCCUCCUUCGCCUGUGGAUGUGUGGAGAACAAUGACUUCCUCUCGCUGCAGGAGAUCCUGGAGAGGAUGGAUGUGAACUGUGGGGACUACGAUGGCACCACCCCCCUCCACAAGGCCUGUGAGAAGGGCAGGCUAGAUAUGGUCAAGUACCUGAUGGGUAAAGGAGCCAGCACCCAGCUCGAAGACCGCUUUGGAUACACACCGCUUCACCUGGCCAUCAAGAACAGGCACUUUGACAUCAUCCGCAUCCUGCGUCUGAAGGGAGCCCCUCUGUCUCUGGAGCUUGUGAGGAUCGGGCUGGAGCUGAUCAAGGUUGUCCAAAACAAGGACUACCAGCUGUUGCAGGCCUGGUACCUGUCUGGGGUGAACAUGGACCAGAGUGACUAUAACGGCCGUACAGCGCUGCACAUUGCAGUCAGGCUGAGGGAGAGGACCAUGGUGUCCAGGCUGCUGGAUUACGGAGCCACCCCUCUGGAGCGUGACGUCUGGGGUUGGACUGCGGUGGACGAGGCCCAGAACAACAACCUACCCAGCAUCCUGAAGCUGUUCCACCCCUUCACUUAGCAGUUCCUCAACAAACAGGCCUACCCGCUGCACCUGGCCAACAGGAUCGUCCCAGCCACUUCCCGUCUCUACCCAUCUCACAUCAAAUUCACUUUAAGUACACACACCUCAGGAACUUCACCCUUUUUAUCCAGCCAAUGACCCUAGACAGAGUUCAACAUGUUCAUUCUGUACAUUGUUUAGGUCAUACUUUUGGCAAAAGGUGUUAUCGUACAAUGCUUUGCCUAUUGAUAAAGGAAUAUACUGACAA